CUGACAGACAACAAAGAUAAUGGUGUACUGCAUGCUGCUGACAGUUUCUUUGCUGACAGUUGCUGAAAUGGCUAUGGCAGGUCAUUUGUCAGUUAGUGCUAACCUACAGAGUUGUAACUACACCAUAAAAAAUAAACCCAACGGAACACCGUGUUAUCUGGAUAAGCAUGCAUUCUGUUCACCGGUAUUCAAAGUGUGUGUUCACACAGACUUGCAAAGUCUAGUAUGUGCGCUACGCCGAUUCAACGAAACUUCCAAAUCAAAAGACUGGAGCAGGAACCGCCCUCAAUGAUGAUUCCACAAAUUACAAGUAACGCUGUGAAUAUUUCGACUGAAAUUUAUAAUGAAGAAUCUCUCGAUGAAGCAACUCUCGACAUUGAAGUGUUCAAUGAAGAUGAUCAGGAUAAGAACAUAAUUGACCGAUUUGUGUAUCCUCUAACUAAAAGAAAAAAUGCACUCAGGUCUGGAACCGAGAUGAAGUGGAUUAACAUCUACAAAAGAUCACUUCGAGGGUCUAUGGAGAUUGAAUUCUCCUUCACGGCCUCAUACAAUCGAAGCAAUUACACAGGAAAAAACAAUAAAAACAUGAGGGAAAAGGUUUCAUCCUAUCCCCCAGCAGCCCGUGAAGAACGCGAAAAAUAUCCAGAAUGGGUGCAAUUUACCUGCUUCAUGGCAACAUCUAUCUUUCGCAAGGAUAUUUGUUUGAAAAUGGGAGUUCAGUGGAGAGAAAUUACGUCGUAUGAGAAGAAUCUCAAUAGUUAUGAACCAGAUUUGUUUAACUUGUUCAGGAUUUUUGGGUAGUGAAACUGACUUCUCUCACGCUGGUCUUCAACUGCACAAACAACUGAAAUCUUUCUGAAUUAUUCUCAGUAAAUGUUGAC